AUGCUCCUAGCUCUUACCACCCUCCUCCUGGGCACCACCCUCCUGGGCACCACCUCCGUCACCGAAGCCCACUCCUGGGUCGACUGCGUCAAGACCCUUUCCUCCGGAAAAUGUGCAGGCUACCCUACAAACUACCCCACCCGCGCCAACGGCGACAUCAACACGAUCUACACCUACCUCAUCUCCAACCGCAACAACGCCGCCCCUCUCUGCAAGCCAGGCACCCAGGACACCUUCCUCCGCAACAAGGACAAGGCCAACCACCUCCCUCCAAACCUCCCCUUCGCCAAGGCCUACCCAGGCGAGACCCUUACCAUGAACUGGCAGGCUAACGGACACCUUGUCCGUACUAAGGGCACCAAGGUGACCAUCUUUUGGACCGGCAAGUCCAACAAGGUUCUCAAGACCCGCAAGGACAUUGCCAGUGGCCGCAACGGGUUGGGCAAGGCCUUGGCGGUGUUUGACUUUGCCAACCCCGGUAACUGCAAGGACCCCAAUUAUGCCAACACCGAAUGUACGGGCAAGUUCACGAUCCCCAAGAAUACUGCCCCCGGACGGUACCAGUUUGUGUGGUGGUGGCCCUUUGACCAGAACCCUGUUGGAGAGGAGUACACCACCUGCUUUGAGAUUAACGUCGUCGCCAAGCCUAAAGCCUAG